UGCGAUGCCGGGGCACUGGUGACAUCACAGUGAUGUCACCGUGACUCACAGUGGUCACCAUCAGGAGGCAGCAACACCUGAGCCUUCGUGGCACGUCACUGCGAAGUCAUCCCACCAUCCCUCCUGGACUGACCAGCAAGUCAGGGUCAGGUCACCCCUGGGGGGCCUCCUGGGCUCCAUGGGGUCACGUGGCCAGCGUCUUCCCAAGGCCCUGGCCUCCUCUGUCCGUCGUGAAGGUGAAGGGCGAGUCAGCCCCUUACCCGCCCUCCUCCAAGCAGGAGCCAUGUGGCUGCCUGGGGAGGAGACCUGGGCCCCGUGAAGGGGCAGCAGGCAAGGGGGAGCACGUCCCACCACCUCCUGAUGGCAGCUGUGGCUGGUGUGACCCUCCCAGGUGGCGGGCCGGCCUGGAGAGGAUGGCUGGGGCUCGUCCAGCACCACGCCCCCCCGCUCCCCUGGCACCGGCUGAGGAGCACUUCCAGGCCCUGAGGGCCAGCAUCAGGCCCUCGUCACCAGCCAGAUGAGCUGGUGCUGCAGGUUCGGGCCGCGGCUGGGAGACAAAGCUCCUCCUCGGGCCACGGCCACCACCCUUGCUCAGGCCCUCCAGUCUCCCGCAGCGCAUCCAGCUCGGGCCGGCUCCAGAUCCAGAGUCCCACCCCUCACCCAGCCAGGCCUGGCACCCACCCUCACACAACUGCCCACAGAUUGGGUGUGCGCCAACCAAAUCGGCCGCCCACACCGGGAUCUGUGUUCAAGCCCACUUCACCUGACCCAGAGCCGCACUCCUCCUGUGAGAGCCCGGGUCCCGCUGGCUGUCACUCCAGCCUCCGAGCUGCCUCUUCUGCACCGUGGCUCUUCUGUACCACGUGCCCAGGGCCCACCCUGGCAGAGCCCCGAUGUAAAGAGUAACUGUUGUGGGCCGCUGUCAUCAUCACCUUUAUUUCUGCCCAGUGGCACGUCCAGCCCAGAACCAUGUCGUCAGGCCCGCAGGUGUGGCACACGGCCAUGCCGCUUGCCGGCAGGAGCAGCCCCACGGCCACAGUGCCCAGGUCCCCCGGCUCGGCCGGCAGCCCCAGGUCCCCGGGCACCCCUGGAUCGGAGAAAGCGGCCUCCCCUCUGGAAUGCUCCAUCUGCUUCUCGGGCUACGACAACAUCUUCAAGACACCCAAGGAGCUCUCCUGCACCCAUGUCUUCUGCCUGGAGUGCCUCGCACGGAUGGCAGCCACCCAGCCCGCAGGCCAGCCGGGUAGCGAGGCCGUGCCCUGCCCGUUCUGCCGGCGGCCCACGGCCGUGCCCGCUGCCGGGGCCCCCGCGCUGCACACCAGCCGCCAGCUGCAGGCUCGGAUGCCGGCACACCUGCGGCGGGAGGAGCCCGUGUGGCUGGAGGGCACCAAGCUGUGCUGCCGCCCGCCGCCCUCUGCGCCUGGCCCUGCAGCGCCCGGCUUCGUGUAUGUGGACGUGGGCCCGAGCAAGCCCGCCACGCCCGCAGCGCCCGUGCCCACCCCGGGCCCUGCCCGCCGUCGGGGCUGCCUGGCGCGCUGCUGGGCGCGCUGCCGGGACUGGAGGCGCGCGGCCCUCAUCGGGGUGCUGCUGCUGGUGCUGUCCUGCGUGGUGCUCUGGCCCGUGCACUGCGCGAUUAGGACCGGGAGCCUGCACUGCCUCCCCCGGCCGCCCGCCGCCGCCGCCACGGCCGCCACCGCCUUCUCGCUUGGCUCCCUGGCUGACAACUAGGGUUACCACCCCCACCCCCGGGGUCCCAGAGGAGCCCCCUGGGAUCUCUGAGGAACCCAUACCUGGUUCGGCACACCUGCCUCCUGCUCUCUGGGGCUGUGUCCUGUGGGGUGGACAAAAUGGUCCCCCGAGCUCCCAGGGAUCACAGAUUCCUAUGGGCCCCAGAGGCCACCGCCCUAACUUCCAUCUUGCAGAUGGGGAGACUGAGGUCCAGGAGAGACAGCUUGGCGAGGCCCCCUCCCCAUACACACUGUGAAUCGCCCGCAAGACCAGCCCCUUGCUGAAAAGGGAGGGGGCUCGCCAUCUUUCUUUUAUUUUCACAUUUCGCCCACGGCUCCUCCCUUCCCCAGGCAGGGCUGGCCCCUUCCCUUGGGUGGCCAGGGGGACAGAGGGCAGUGGCAGGGAGCCCAGCCCACCCUCCUGAAUUGUACAUUUUUAAAUAAAUUAUUUUGUACUCGCAA